AUUUGAAUAGAUGCGUUGUCAGCGGCGACUCAGUGCGCUGCCUGUCAAGCAGUGAGCAGCACAGCAGCCAGACGGAGCAGAGACUGAUCAUCCUCCACGCCUAGAGAUCACCAGCCGUCUCACCUCACCUCUCAGUUUCAGGUUCCCAGUAUGGCCGCCCCAACGCCGAUCUCUGCGGAGGAGCUAGAGGAACUCAGAGAAGCUUUCGCCAAAAUUGAUGUGGACAACAAUGGAUUCAUCAGUAAAGACGAGCUCACGGAGCUUUUCAGAGCUGCUAACCUGCCGCUGCCGGGCUACAAGAUCCGAGAGAUCGUCCAGGAGCUGACCAAGACCAGCGACCAGCUCACCUUCGAUGAGUUCACUCAGAUCGUUCAUGGGCUGAAGAGCAGCGAGGUGGCGAAGACCUUCAGGAAGGCGAUCAAUAAGAAGGAGGGAAUCUGUAACGUGGCAGGAACCUCAGAGCAGUCCGGCACUCAGCACUCAUACUCAGAGGAGGAGAAGGUGGCCUUUGUGAACUGGAUCAACAAAGCUCUGGAGAAGGAUGCCGACUGUAAACACGUCCUGCCAAUGGAUCCCAACAGCAACGACCUGUUCACCGCCAUGGGAGACGGCAUCGUCCUCUGUAAGAUGAUCAACCUGUCUGUCCCCGACACCAUCGACGAGAGAACCAUCAACAAGAAGAAGCUCACACCUUUCACCAUCCAGGAGAACCUGAACCUGGCUCUGAACUCAUCGUCGGCCAUCGGCUGUCACGUGGUGAACAUCGGAGCUGAGGACCUGAAGGAGGGCAGGCAGCACCUGGUCCUGGGUCUGCUGUGGCAGGUCAUCAAGAUUGGACUGUUCGCCGACAUCGAGCUCAGCAGGAACGAAGCUCUGGUGGCUCUGCUGCGUGAUGGAGAGAGUCUGGAGGAUCUGAUGAAACUCUCUCCUGAGGAGCUGCUGCUGCGCUGGGCCAACUAUCACCUGGAGGAGGCCGGCUGUGGCAGGAUCAACAACUUCAGCUCCGACAUCAAGGACUCCAAGGCCUACUACAACAUCCUGAACCAGGUGGCGCCCAAAGGAGACGAGGAGGGGAUCCCCCCCAUCGCCAUCGACAUGACAGGAAUCAGGGAGAAAGACGACUUGAAGCGGGCCGAGUGCAUGCUGGAUCAGGCCGACCGGCUCGGCUGCAGACAGUUCGUCAUGCCCACAGACGUCAUCCGCGGCAACCCCAAACUGAACUUGGCUUUCGUCGCCAAUCUGUUCAACAAGUACCCCGCUCUGAAGAAACCCGAGAACCAGGACAUCGACUGGAGCUCCAUCGAAGGUGAGACCAGAGAGGAGCGAACCUUCAGGAACUGGAUGAACUCUCUGGGCGUCAACCCUCGUGUCAACCACCUCUACGCAGACAUUGACGACGCCCUGGUCAUCUUCCAGCUGUACGAGAAGAUCAAGGUACCAGUGGACUGGGACAGAGUCAACAAGCCUCCCUACCCCAAACUGGGCAGCAACAUGAAGAAGCUGGAGAACUGUAACUACGCAAUCGAGCUGGGAAAGAAGGAGGCCAAAUUCUCUCUGGUGGGAAUCGCAGGUCAGGACCUGAACGCUGGGAAUCGAACCCUCACCCUCGCUCUGCUCUGGCAGCUCAUGAGGAGGCCAACCAUCUCCAGCUUCAAGGACGGAUCCAUCAGUAGCAGUAUGCCAGUCCUGGACCUGAUCGAUGCCAUCCAGCCUGGAUCAAUCAGAUACGACCUGCUGAAGACAGAAGACCUGACUGAGGAGGAGAAACUCAACAACGCAAAGUACGCCAUCUCCAUGGCGAGGAAGAUUGGCGCCCGCGUGUACGCGCUGCCUGAGGACCUGGUGGAGGUCAAACCUAAGAUGGUGAUGACGGUGUUUGCCUGCCUGAUGGCGCGCGGCAUGAAGAGAGUCUAAAGACCACAGCAACCUAAAAUACUGGAUAUGUAAAGUUUCCAACAGGGUUCAAGUUAAAACAGUGGUGACGUUUGAGAGCAGAGACACUGGAAAAUGUACUUUGGUAAAACCACUGCAGUCUGUUACAAAUAUUCAUUCCUCUUAUGUUUACCUUAGAAAACUUAAGGCUUUAAACUCAAACAGGACUUCCUGGAGCUUCACUCUACAAACAUUUAAAUAAAAUAAAUUCUCUGCAGCAGUAAUGAAGGUUAAUCAUGAUCAAGAUGAAGGUUUUCACUCAGAGCGGCCAUGUUCCCCUUGGCGUUUACUGUUCGUGUGCAUUACCUGCUCAGGUUUUUCACUUGAUCACAAACGUGUUCUAAAUCACAAACUUCAUGCCAAAUGUUCACAACAAAUAAACAGAUUUUUGUAUUAAAAA